UGAUAUGAUAUUGAACUCGGUAAUUUCCCCGGCCAGCACUUGAAUGAAGAGUUGUUAGCAUUUAUUUUUUUAAGGCCACUUCAUAUUCUUAAUGAUAACGUAACUAGAUGCCCGAAAAAAGAAAAAAAAAAAUCUCAACGUGGAGUUUGAGAUUGUUCAUUUACCCGCAACAGAUCGAUAAUCAAUCAAUCAGCCCGCCAGCGACAGAAAACUGAUCAUGUCUCAAGAGGGAUAUCAAUCACCAGCAGUGAAAACCACCGCAGACACGAGCCUGAAUGCACAUGAAUCGCAGAGGUCCAGCCCCGGGAAGACGCCGAUACAAAUCCUGCACGAGUAUGGCACCAAGAGUGGCGACCUCCCUGUGUAUGUGAUGGAGAAAGCGGAAGGAGAGGCUCACCAGCCCAGCUUCGUCUUCAGCGUGAAAAUCGGAGACGUUAGCUGCACAGGUCAAGGUCCCAGUAAAAAGGCUGCUAAACACCUGGCUGCAGAGGCUGCCCUGAAUAUUCUGCAGAUAGACCCUGGAACAGUGACUGUUCCUGUGAAGUCUGAGAGUAACGGUGUUGUAGCAGAAACAAACAACCACCCCAACUCAGUGGGGAUACUGCAGGAGUUAGCGUUGCAGAGAGGAUGGCGUCUUCCUGAAUACACGGUUUUAAUGGAGGCUGGUCCGCCGCACAAGAGAGAAUUCACUGUUACCUGUCGGAUGGAGUCCCUGUCAGAGAAGGCUGUAGGAAAUUCAAAAAAGGCAGCAAAAAAGGCAGCUGCAGAGAAAAUGGUGGCGAAGCUUCAAAGUCUGUCAGGCUGUUCAGAAAUCACAUGGACUCCUAAACCAAGUGUCCGAUUUGAGAACUUAAGGAACUCAUCAGCGGAGAGCAUCUCUUUACUGAGAAGAAACCCGCUGAGCAUUCCCAACACAGAUUACAUUCAGAUGAUGUUGGAGCUGUCCAAGGAGCAGGGCUUUGAGGUCACAUACUUCGACAUUGACGAGCUGACGGUGAACGGCCAGUACCAGUGCCUGGCUGAGCUGUCCACCUCCCCGGUUACCGUGUGCCACGGCACGGGCAUUUCAUGUAGCAACGCUCACAACGACGCAGCACACAGCGCCCUCCAGUACAUCAAGAUCAUGGCCUCCAUCAAGUAAAACCACCACUGUCAACAUUUGCUUCACCUCUGUUGUCACAUAUAUCAGUCAUGAUGAAGCUGUAGAUUGUUCUUCCCACUAGUCUUCCUGCCCGUGGACGAUAUGAGGUCAAGGUAUAUUUUUAUAAUUAAGUAUAUCACAGAGCACAUCGUGCUCCACAGUAUCUCAAGGCAACUUUAGAGCAGUAUUUGUGAAGGAGGCCAAGUUUCUCAAUGUUAAGAAUCAGAUUCUAAAUAGUGUCUUUAGGAUGUACCAUCAUGUUUUACUUGAGAUGAUCAACAUAUUUAAGCAAAUGUACGUGUGAAUAUGAAGCACUUCCUUAUGAACUUUUUACAUGCAUAGUUUGAGCAGUCACUGCUUUAUUCGUCCACAUUUUUUUCUGUGUGGCUUUGGUGGAAAAUGUUUGCUUAUUUUUUUUAACCAGGAUUCAGAUGUUUUUACGUUACAUUUAAUUUAAUUUUUUUAUUCCACAUGCAGGAAUAUAUUAAGCUGUAUGUUGUUCACAGUAAAUAGAAGAUCUUAAACUUUUAAUUUACUCACUUGCCUUUCUGUGAACGAAAGUCUCCUGAAUAUGAAUUGAAAAAUAUUAUUUUGACUAUUUAUUUUUUUUGUCUUACUUCCACUUCAGUAUGCAAUCUGCAGUUCAACACCUGCUGUCUAUAUCCGGCUGACUCAAAAAAGAUAUAAUGUGUAACUUUAUAUUUGCAUUCUGCUGGUCUCAUAGUACCAUGUGAUAUAUUUAAUAAACCUGUAAGAAAAAAACCCAGAAGCCUGGUGAAGAGCAGCAACAACGUGUAUGAACCAUAAAAUAAACACUAAAUGUCGA